ACUAUUGAAUGAAUUUAAAGAUAGGAUUCUUGGUUCAACAUUUUAUGAAUUGACAAAAAUGCCUCUUUAUCGUAUAAAUCGUGCCAUAUUGAAGGUCGCUUGCGUUGAAUAUGUACUGUAUCCUGAUGAAGUUAAUGAAGAAUAUGAAAAAAUAUAUCGUUGCGACGAACGAAAAGUGAUCGAGGCAUAUAAUGAUUUGCGUGGUUUUCGAAAAGAAAAUAUACCCGACGAUAAAACCGUCGUGGGUGUUAAAAAUUUUUUUCAAGGCGAACCAUUUUUUUGGGAUAAUCUUUCGGAACCAUUUGUUGAGAAUAAUCUUUUGGAAACAAUCAGAUCAUAUUUGGAAGGUAUUUCGAUCGACGAAGCUAGAAAACUGUUUAUACAACGUAAAUCAAUUGAAAUAAUUGAAGGUAAGCCACCGAACAUGCAUUACAUGCCGAGCAAGUAUGACUCCGAUGAUUAGAAGGUGUGCCAACCAUCAGCAAAUAUAAUCAUGCCCAUCGAAGAUCAUCCACCAAUAUUGCUCACAAAAGACUAGCAGCCACAUUCACCUACUCCGCAGAUGUCUCAUCGGUUUCAAACUGAUUUUACAAGUGCUUAGUAUUUUUUUAAAUGUAUCAUUGUACCUAUAUUACACAAAUUUUUAUAUAUUUUCCUUCAAAUGUAAUCGCCCAAAAAAAAAAAAAAACUAUUAUUUAUCUAUUUAUUCGAACUCAUUGGCUAAACUAAGGAUGAUUCAGGAAUCAUCCACAAAAUCGUUCACAUUGUAACUUGAAUUUUUCAACAGACAUUGCGUCACAGUUUUGCGCGUUGAAUGACACACGCAAGCUGUGUCCAAAUUUUUCUUACUUGACAAUACAGCUCCUUGAAAAAUGUAGAUCAAGUAUAGGAAUUAACCUUUUUAUAAAUAAGAUUCAAAUUUCUAAAAAUUAUGAAAAUAUAGGAUACCCAAAUAUUCAAA